AUGGAUCGCCGCGUGAGCCUUGCCACCCGGAGCGUGCGCGUGCUGAUCCCCGACCAGCUGCCGACGCUGUUCGAGCCGCAGAAGUCGGUGAUGACCCCGCAUGUCCGCGCAAGCGUCGUUGGCGACGAAGACGAUGCGGCGCCGCCGGAGCGCCGGCUGACCAUGCUGGCGCUCCAGCUCGCGGUGCUCGAGAAGGCGGCCAGCCGGCUCGGCACGAUGGGCUUCAUCUGGGCCACGGUCGUGCUGCUCGGAGGCUUCGCCAUCACGCUGGGCCAGACCGACUUCUGGUGCAUCACCACCCUGCUGCUGGUGGAGGGCGCCCGGAUCCUGGGCCGCAGCCACGAGCUGGAGUGGCAGCACGAGACCACGGGCCGCGCGCCCGUGUCGUGGGCCGUCGGCCGCGUCUUCCACUGGCUGCAGCUGCUGUCCGCGUCCUCCUGCGCCGCGCUCUCCCUCGUCCGCCUCGUCCACCAGCGCUACGGCGGCAGCGAGGAGGCCCGCGUCAACCGCCACUCCGCGCUCGACAUAUUCUACGGCCUCGCGCUCGCCGAGGCCCUGCUGUUCCUCGUCGAGAAGGCGCUGUGGGAGUGGAGGGUGGGCCACCACCGCCUGCUCGAGCGCGUCGCCAAGGACUGCCACCUCGCCACCGCCUGCGGCGCCGUCGCCGUCCGCCGCUUCUUCUACGACUCCUACUCCCGGUGCCUUAACGGCAGCAUCUUCGACGGCCUGCACAUGGACCUCGUGUCCUACGCCGAUGACCUGCUCACGGCGGGCUCGCACGACGAGCAGCGCCUCGGCGCCAGCAUCCUCGCGGCGCUCGUCGAGUCCGACCGCUUCGCCGACGCCACGCUCCGCAAGAUCGGCACGUCCGGGCCCGCCAUCGAGCGCCUUAUCGAGAUGCUCAGCUGGAAGAACGCCUCGGAGAAGGACGUACGCCGCUCUGCGGCGGUCGUCGUGUUCAUGCUCACUGGAAGGAAGGUCAACGCGCUCCGCGUCACCGGCAUUCCCGGCGCCAUGGAGUCCGUGGCUUCCUUGCUCUACGCCGACCUCGGCGAGCUCAACCUCCUCGGGCUGUCCAUCCUCAACAAGCUGGCGCGCGACCACGACAACUGCGACAAGAUCGGGAAGACUAGGGGCCUUCUCGACAGGAUCAUCUCCUACUCGGGCAUAGCAGCAAACGGGCCGGCGACGGGGCCGCCGACAGACAUGCGCCUCAAGGCGGUGAAGCAGUCGCUCCGCGUUGUGAAGAGGCUGGCGAGCACGACGGGGACCACCGGAAAGGUGCUCCGGAGGGAGCUCUCUGACAUUGUGUUCACCGUGAGCAACGUCAGGGAGGUGCUGCAGCAGCAGCACGACGAGAAGGACGUGUCCGAGCUGCACCGCCUGGCGAUCGAGAUACUGACGAACCUCGCCAUGGACGAGGAGGCGAGGGAGAUGAUCGGCGGCACGGGGGGUGUGCUCAGCACGCUGGUGGCGAUGUUCUUGCCGGAAAAGCAGGAGGCAGCGCCCGACCGGCACAAGGACGCUGUCCGGGUGGAGGCCGGCGAGGCUCUGGCGAUGCUGGCGCUCGACAGCCGCAGGAACUGCGGCGCGAUCAUCAUGGCGUUCGGCGGAGGUAUGGAGCGGCUGGUCGAGGCGCUGAGUGAUCCCGUCGUCGUCAUCAGCGCCGCAAGGAUCCUGCGCAACCUGUGCACCUACGCUGGGGACGAGUGGCAGCUUACACUGAGAGGAGUCACCGCCGGCGUCACCAAGGUAGUUUCUGGCAGUACACUCUGUGCACAGUGCAUCGGCUAUGGCGUGAUUGGUCAUCAACCAUUUCCUAAUCUUUUCUUUCUUCGUUCUGAAACACAGGUGCUGCGCAGUAUCAUGGUGGAGAAGACGAAGCUCCUCAACAUCUCCCUCGGCCUCGCGGCGCAGAUGCUCCGGUUCAUGCAGCCUGGGGAGCUCCGGGCGAGCCUCGCCACGGCGGGCAUCACGGACACGGCGCUGGCGCGGACGCUAGUGCUGGUCCUGCGGGAGUACAGCCGCCCGUCCCUGGAGGUGCCGCGCAUCCGGCUGUACACGCUGGAGCUCGCCAUCGCGUUGAUGCGGUCGGACGCGCGCUUCGUGUCGCUCUUCGUGGAGCUCGGGAUGGAGGCCGAGCAGAGGCGCGUCGCGGAAACCACCUCCGGCCUCGAGUGCUUCAACGUGUUCUCGGGCAGCGUCGGGCUCAGCCGCCGCGCCGUCAGCGUCGGCUCGCUCGUCGACUCCGCCAUGGAGCUCAUGAGCCAGCAGCAGGCCUGCACAUCACGGUCACAGAUACGCUGA